AUGGCCUAUUCUUCAGCGGACAAGCGGCGGGUUUUCCUUGCCUACCGUACUGUAUUUAUUGGCCCUCAUGCUCAAAUUCGAAAAUCUAAAAAAGUUAAAGAGGUUAUCGAGCAGCACAAAAAUUCGUUUAAACCAUUGAUCAAGGACUUUGGGUUUGACCACGUCGCGGAAAUUGUGAAGUACCUCUUGGAUCAACGCGUCUUCGAGUCCGAAUUGAGAGCAAAGAUCGCAUUCCCAGAGCUCUUCCAAACCUCCCAAGCCCGCGAUAUCCAACGCACAGCUUCAGAAAAUGACGCCGCCCGGUCCGUAGCGGAGGCUUUGGAAGAAUUAGCAUCUACGGGUGAGCGUGGAGAGUAUGAAAAUGAUUUAGAGCCAGCUGCAAAGGGCUCUCCGUCUUUAUAUCCGUCGUAUCUUCCAUAUAAGGCUCAGCAUAUAAUCCUUACAACAGUCCAGCGUCAGCUCGAGGAGUGCUGUUUCGACUACGCCGUCAAAUGGCUACCGUCGCUAUUAGAAGAACAGAAAUGGGAUUGCGCUGAGGCGGUUGAAUUAACAAAGUGGACAAGAAUUCUGGCUAAGCGCUGCGAUAAACUACCUGCUUCUGCAAUAGACAACGACUCCGAGAUACCUCUCGAGAAAGUCUUCUUCUCUACAAACGUGCUUCGACACACGGCCGUACAUCGCCUUUCGACAACCGCCCGCGCGACAUACGACAUGAUCCAGUCCGCUUCGCGGCUUGCACAGACUCUCGGUGAUCACACAAGAGCGGCAGAGUUAGAAAACCUCCAGCUCGAGAUCGGAAGCCGAAUCAGAGACAUGGAACUUAACAAGAACUUCUUGGAGAAUAGGCUCGAUGAACAGCUUCAGGUCAUUUCUGAGCAGCGUGCAGAGCUCGAUAGGAAGGAAAAGGAGGCUAUAGCGACAAUGUUACAAGAUGAUCAGGAGAACAAGCUGCUUAUAGGGUCAUUCUUAGAAGAUGCGGUCAAGAUUACCUUCAGACGGCUUGGCGAUGGGGGGCCUGGGGCGUCGAAGAACAAGAGCAUGGUUGAGAAUCCCGAGAGUGCAGAAGAGUCUGGGGACACUCCCGACUACCAAGAAUUUGGCGCCCGAUUAUCAGGUGCUAAGAGAUAUUGCGCCAAGAGUCCCCGGACCAUUCGUCGGCAACAGGGAAUUCUCCAACGUUCGUGUCCUAUACCCUCGCUCGGCAUUUCCCCACUUCUGCUGGUGACCGUCAAGACCCCCAAGAGCAAUUACCGUGGCGGAACUAUGGGGACACUCGAAAGUAACCUCUACCUCGGCUCUGUAUCUAGCCCGAGUCCUGAACUCCUCAAGCCCUCAAGUUCAAAAUGUAUUACGCAUCAGGUCCGGCCAGUAGACCCUUCCCUCGGAUUCCUGGAUAUUCCCCGUGAAAUCAGAGAUGAAAUAUAUGGUUUCCUGUUCCACUCGGACUCCCCGAUCUAUCCCAGCAACUCCCGCGCCGGUAUAUCCCCUUUCACCAGCCUACUCCGCACAAAUAAGCAAAUCUACGCUGAAGCCGUGGAGGUUCUCUACGGCUCUAACACCUUCCAGAUCCGGGGGGACCCAGCUUGGAAAUCGGUGGAACUCCUCAACCUUGUUGGCACCCAGACAAGAAAUGACUAUACCACCUUCAGAAGCCAAGUCUGCUUGGGUCGGCACCAUCUCAAGCGUCUUUACAUCCCGUCUCACGGCAUUGGCCUAGACCGACUGAAGCAUAUCUUCUCACUCCUCAAGCACUUCCCAAAUCUUGAAUACCUCGAAGUCGUGUACCUUGGCUUAUCUCCCAAGCUUGAUAUGGAUGUCGUGAGUGUGUGUCGGCUUUUGUGGGAUCGUCGGCCGCUAUUCGCCAAUUUCGGGGGUAACUUCGUUUUGAGAAAGCGAAUCAACUACUAUCAAGCCGAGGAUGUUUCGUGGAUGGUGAGAGAGAGACCAUAUACGAACUGGACGAGGAUCGUUGAAGAUGAAAAUAGACUCCAUGUCUGGAAGAAUUCCGAUGGGAUCGAACGACUUGCGGAGGUUGUUGACGCUCCUCAAAAUAUCCCAGAGUAA